GCUAUGUGGGCGGGACUUCUGGAGACGCGCCUGAGGAUGUUGUUGGGCCGGGGCUGGUCAGUUCUUACUGGAGUGCAAGCGCUGGAGUACCGGGUGAAGGUCGCUGUCCAGGAUUUGAGAGACGCAGGGGAGGACCGUGAGAAUAGGGCCCUCUUACACGCUUUUGCACGACCCGCGACCCACCCACACCUCUCCGUAGGGUUGUUGCCCAUCGCUUUCCGGGGCCUUGGCACCUGCCAUUUGCCCCCACAGCGCCCAGAGGCGGCACCUCGAACUCUGUGCGCAUUUUUCAUGGUGGAGACGGGUUCGUCGUCGCCUGGGACUGCAGUGAGGGGUCGGCUGAGCUCACCGGACGGCCUUUGGCGCCACCACUCACGGCCUCGCUCCGCCGCAGGGUUCCAUGGCGGCGCUGCGACUGGCACUGGUAUCAUUUGAAGAUGUAGCUGUGACCUUUACUGGAGAGGAAUGGGGACAUCUGGACCUGGCCCAGAGGAUGCUGUACCAGGAAGUGAUGCUAGAGACCUGUAGGCUCCUGGUCUCACUGGGGCAUCCUGUUCCCAAACCAGAACUCAUCUUCCGACUGGAGCAUGGGCAAGAGUUAUGGACACUGAAGAGAGGUCCCUCUCAGGGUACAUAUGCAGGUGAAAAAGCAAACCCCAGGAUUACAGAGCCUACUGCUUCUCAGCUGGCCUUCUCUGAUGAAUCCUCUUUCCAGGGACAGCUGACUCAGAGAUUCUCCAGAGAUUCCUUAUCGUGGCAAGCUAAUAACAAAAAGCAGAAGCUUUCAGAAAAGCAGGAAGGGAACUUAAGGCCAGGAACAGAGACCCACAAGGAGAUGUGUCCUGAGAAAUUGAGCCAUAGACAUAAUGACUCGGAGAGAGACAAUAGUCUGUGUUUAAGGGUUUUACAAGAGCAAGUCACUCCACGAGAUGCUCUCCGUGGACAUGAUUCCCAAAGACCAGGAAAAGACUCUGUAAUCAAUGCAAGUAAUAACCCCUACAGAUGCAAAGAAUGUGGAAAAGGGUUUAGCAAGAAUUGGGCCCUUGUUCGGCACCAACAAAUUCAUGCUGAAGUAAAGCCUUAUGAAUGUGGUGAGUGUGGGAAAGCCUGUCGUUAUAUGGCUGACUUCAUUCGACAUAAGAGAUUUCAUACUGGGGAAAAACCAUACAAGUGUAUUGAAUGUGGGAAGGCCUUCAAACGUAGGUCUCACCUCACAGAGCACCAGCGAAUUCACACUGGAGAUAAGCCCUAUGAGUGCAAAGAAUGUGGUAAAGCUUUGCAAAGAAUGUUGAAAGCUUUCCCCCACCGCUCUUCAUUUAUCCAACAUAGUAUGACCCACAUGAGAGAAAAGCCAUUUUUAUGCAAAGAAUGUGGGAAAGCUUUUUACUAUAGUUCUUCAUUUGCUCAACACAUGAGAAUUCAUUCUGGAAAGAAAUUAUACGCGUGCAGUGAAUGUGGAAAGGCAUUUACUCACCGUUCCACUUUUAUCCAGCAUAAUAUGACCCAUACGGGAGAAAAACCCUUUCUGUGCAAAGAAUGUGGGAAAGCUUUUUGCCUCAACUCAUCCUUCACUCAACACAUGAGGAUUCACACUGGAGAGAAACCCUAUGAGUGCAAUGAGUGUGGGAAGGCCUUUACUCAUCGCUCCACUUUUAUCCGUCAUAAGAGGACCCAUACUGGAGAGAAGCCCUUUGAGUGCAAAGAAUGUGGGAAAGCCUUCUGUGACAGCUCUUCCUUAAUUCAACACAUGAGGAUUCAUACUGGUGAGAAGCCUUAUGAGUGCAGUGCAUGUGGAAAGGCCUUUACACACCAUUCUGUUUUUAUCCGACAUAACAGGACCCACAGUGGAGAAAAACCUUUGGAGUGUAAAAAGUGUGCAAAAGCCUUUUACUACAGCUCUUCCUUUAUUCGACACAUGAGGAUCCACACUGGAGAGAAGCCCUAUGUUUGCAAAGAAUGUGGAAAAGCCUUUACCCAGCCUGCAAAUUUUGUUCGACAUAAUAGGAUCCACACUGGAGAAAAACCCUUUGAGUGCAAAGAAUGUGAGAAGGCUUUUUCUGAUAACUUUGCCUUAACUCAGCACAUGAGAACUCACACUGGAGAGAAACCUUUUGAAUGCAGUGAAUGUGGAAAGACCUUCAGCUACAGUUCAUCCUUCACACACCACCGAAAGGUUCAUACUAGAGUUUAAAAGAUACAGGAAGGCCUUUGUAACUCUGUUCACUUCAUUCAACUUUAAUGAACUUGUACUGGUGAAAUAUGUUUACUUUUAAAUAUAACUAUUGAGAAAAACCUUUUGACCAGAAAAAAUAGCUAACUCUCAGUAUCUGAGAAUUCAUACUGAAGAGGAACAUACUUGUCAUCCCUAGGAAAGCUUUAUGUGGCUUGUCACCUAAAAAAUUUUAUUAGAAAUUGACCCAGCUGAGAGCCUUCCUUAACACUACAGCUGAGAAUUACCCAGAAGAGAGACCCAGUGGUUAUUAUGUAUUUAGGUAAAAGGUCAGCAACAACUUUCUUUUUUUUUUUUGGAGAGGUUUUUGCUAUAUGGCGUGUGCGCUUGCCAGAC